GUUUUUGCUAUAAAAACCUCCGUGGGGACCACAUUUCGGUAUCAGUUUUUGUGCAUCUUCCAGCAGUGAAACAACACAAAUCCAAAACCUUCAACUCAAAAUGUUCAAAUACAUCGUCGUCCUGAUGGCUCUGGUUGCCGCCGUGUUCGCCGUCCCGGCGCCACAAUUCCUUUACGCACCGUCGUCUUACAGCUACAGCGAAAGCUAUCGUCAGCCAGCUGCCACGGUGUACUCCAGUGCCGCUUACAGCCCGAUCGCUUACACCAACACGUAUGCUGCUCCGACCGCGUACAGUGCUUCCUAUCCGGCCGCUUAUGUGUACUAAACCCUGGACCUGAUGAAGCCUGAUACGGAACCAGACACGAAUGAAUCUCCAAACCGGAUGUGGGACGCUCGAUCGAUCGAGUAGGCCUAUACCACGCUAAGUCACAUUUCAAGCAAACAAUAAACAGCAGCUGCUAUUUUUGGGAUAAA